GCUCCCAAGCCCCUCCUUCAGUGGCUAGCCGGAGUGACAGGAUGGCUGGACGGGCAGCACGCCUGAUGCUGCUAGCCGGGGCAGCGGCGCUCGUGAGCGGCUCCCAAGGCGACCGUGAACCGGUAUACCGCGACUGCGUGCUCAGAUGCGAGGAGCGGAACUGCUCAGGGGGAGCACUGAGCCACUUCCGUUCCCGACAGCCAAUCUACAUGAGCCUAGCAGGCUGGACUUGUCGGGACGACUGUAAGUAUGAGUGUAUGUGGGUCACCGUUGGCCUUUACCUCCAGGAAGGCUACAGAGUGCCUCAGUUCCAUGGCAAGUGGCCCUUCUCUCGGUUCCUGUUCAUCCAAGAGCCAGCUUCUGCUGUGGCCUCUCUCCUCAAUGGCCUGGCCAGCCUGGUGAUGCUCUGCCGCUACCGCACAUCCGUGCCAGCCUCCUCCCCCAUGUACCACACCUGCGUGGCCUUUGCCUGGGUGUCCCUCAAUGCGUGGUUCUGGUCCACGGUCUUCCACACCAGGGACACUGAUCUCACAGAGAAGAUGGAUUACUUCUGUGCCUCUGCUGUCAUCCUGCACUCUAUCUACCUGUGCUGUGUCAGGACCGUGGGGCUGCAGCACCCGUCUGUGGCCAGUGCCUUCCGCGCCCUCCUGCUGCUGCUGCUGACCGCACACGUCUCCUACUUGAGCCUCAUCCACUUUGACUAUGGCUACAACUUGGUGGUCAACGUGGCAAUUGGUGUGGUGAACAUGGUAUGGUGGCUGGCCUGGUGCCUGUGGAACCGCCGGCAGCUGCCUCAUGUCCACAAGUGCAUGGUGGUGGUUUUGCUGCUGCAGGGGCUGUCCCUGCUUGAACUACUUGACUUCCCACCCUUCUUCUGGAUCCUGGACGCCCAUGCCAUCUGGCACAUCAGCACCAUCCCUGUCUACAUCCUCUUUUUCAGCUUUCUGGAAGAUGACAGCCUAUACCUGCUGAGAGAAUCAGAAGACAAGUUCAAGCUGGAUUGAAGACCCUAGGAGCAGAUCUUCCCUUCCUGCCAGCUCCCCCCUCCUCCCUUCCUCAUGAAAUGACUUAUUUUCUCCUUUUAGCUUUUUGAACUCAUGAUAGAGGUGGGCUGAGAAUCAUGGAGCUGCCCACCCCUUGUUUGUACUCCCAGGGCUUGGAGUCUGUCCUUGUGAUGGCCUCCAAACAUCUGGGCAGCCCCUCUGAUACCUCUAGAUGAACUGGACCUGGACCAAGUUCUACUCAGAAGGACGCUGCUUCUAUCUCCCCCCACCCCCCAUCAGCCCUUCCCCCACCACAUCCUUCAUCUGUGGGAUACUAGUACCAUGGGUCUUUGGGAUGCAGUGAUACAGUGGGGUCUCCUAUUAGCCCUGCCCUCCUCCAGAGUGCCACUAGGUGGCACUGGAUGCCUGUUCUUCUGCCCAGCUCUAUCCUGGGGGUUUCAAGGGACGGAGAUGUUUGGAUUGGUUGGGAUUGACAUUUCAUCUGGCCUACUCCAUGCAGACUUCCAGAGCCUCACCACACUUCCUUUAGGGCCAGGACCCCAGAUGCUCCAGGAUAUGAAUCCUGUGCUGCUCUUCUGGUUGGGAGCCCACACAGUAGUGUGUAGGACAGAGGUAACCAGGCCUGGGCAUGGAGAACUCAGACCUGAGCAUGCAAUGUGUAUGGUAUGUGUGUGUGUGUGUUCAGAUACAGAUGGGUGAGCAUAAGUUUGGGAAAGGUGUGAUUUAGUGUGAGUGUGCGGUGGAUACUUGCUUGAGAUGAGCACGAAUGCAGGUGCACGUGCCACACGUGGUGUGGCGGGGGGGGCGGCGCGGUUGGAACAGAGUGAGAGUCAGCACCAUCAGCAGUCACCUGAACACCAAGGAUGCAGCCAGGCUCUGUGUGAGUGUAUGUGUGUGUGUGUGUGUGUGUGUGUGUGUUUCUUUGACAUCUUCCUCCAAACCUCAUAGGACCUCACAUAACUUAAGAGCUCCCUCUAGAACCAGCCCCUUGGGGGAUAGAGGGAAGGAAAAUAGGAUUCCAACAUCUUCGGGCUUCCCUGUCUCCUUGCCUUCCAUGGUUGGCCUCCUUUUCCAGUUGGUUUUUGUUUUUCUUUUGUUUGUUUUUUUUGCCAG